CCAACUCGCUGUCUGUCUGCAUUCCAUCUCUGCUUUGGGAAAGACAGGGCCGAAAAGAAGAAAUGGUAUAAAUAGAAACAACACGAGUAGGUUGGACUACUCUGAACAACGACCAGUGGAUAUACGGACCGUAGGCCUCCUAAUUACCGGGAUUUACGGAUGACGAAUGUAUACGAGAAAACGGCAUACUUUUGAUUUCUGGGAAACUACACGAGAGAAGGAGGUUGAUGUUGCCAAACACAAACGUCCUCUUUUUUCAUUUUAAAGAGGAACACAAGAUGGCUGGCGACUGCAUCCAGUAACGAGGAUCAAACAGCGCCGUUCCCCUUUAAGCGGAGCGAACGGCUGAAGACAUGGAGAUGGCUGAAAUGUGGAAAAGCUGUCUCGAAGAAGAACUCAUAUGUCCCAUUUGUUUGCACACGUUCACGGAGCCGGUACAGUUACCGUGCAAACACAAUUUCUGCCGUGUGUGUAUAAACGAAGCCUGGUCCAAAGAUGCCGGCAUGGUCCGGUGUCCAGAAUGCAACCACGGAUACAGUCAAAAACCAAGUUUGGACAAGAACCACAAACUGUCGAACAUUGUGGAGAAAUUCAACGCCUUGAACGUUGAAAAAACUCCGACGGUAUUGCAGUGCAUCCUGUGUCGCAGGGGACCUCCGCUACCUGCCCAAAAGGUGUGUUUGAGGUGUAAGGCCCCGUGCUGCCUGUCUCACGUACAGACCCAUCUCCAACAGCCUUCCUCCAACCUGGGGCACUUGCUAGUCGACGCCGGGGAGGUGCGAGCGUGGAGCUGUCCCCAGCAUGACGAGUACAGGCUAUAUCAUUGUGAAACGGAACAAGUGGCGGUCUGCCAAUACUGCUGUUUCUCCAGAUGUGCUGCUAACCACGGCCACGCCGUGUGCGACGUUGAAGUGCGACGUAAUGACAUCAGACAAAUGCUGGUGAAGCAGCAGGAUCGUAUGGAGGAGCGGGUCCAGGAUGUGGAGGAACAGCUGUACAAACUGGACUCUGACAAGUGUCUGGUGGAGGACAAAGUUCAGCAGCUGAAAGAGGAGGUGCAGCUCCAAUAUCAGAAGAUGCACCAGCUCCUGGAGGAGGAUUUGGCAAAAACCCUGGAGGUUCUGGACAAGGCCCAGUCCAAGUUCUGCCAGGAGAACUCCGCCCAGGCCCUACAGCUCAGCGAACAGCAGCAGGACGCCAAGAAACUGCUGGGACGAGUCCAGGCGGUCUUCGACAAAACGGAUGACGUGAACUUCAUGAAGAACACAAAAUCCAUGAAAAUACUGAUGGACAGAUGUCAGUCCUGUGUUGGAAACUCUCUUCCCCCACACAAAGUGGGAAAUCUCAACUCUAGACUCUUCCUGUCCGAACUCUCCAAGAGAGAGAAGAGCCUGGCCAAAAUGCUGGAGGUUCCCUUCAGUCCUCCGGCCAGUUUUCUGCAGACGGUUCCGGCCUAUCUCUGUGGUGUGAGUGGUUCUGGAGUGGAGAAGCGGAGACAUUCCGUCGCCUUCCCUGACAGCAGUGGCAGCAGCAGCGGCUCCAGAGCUGGCGCCAGCUUCAUGGACUCUUCCUCUUCCACCAGCUCUUCUGCCAAACAGCCCUACCUGGGCGCGGCCCCCCCUCCGGGAGAGGGCCAGUCGUCCCAGCAGACCCUGGGUCCGUGCGGCCCGGCCCAGCAUGUCGGGGGGGCCGGCGCCCCCGGUGGCUCCCAGUCCAUUCCCCAUUCCGGCUCCGUCUUGCCCCACUCUCACUACCCCAACGGAGGGACCUCCCAGUUAUCCCAGUACGGCGGGCGUAAAAUCCUCAUGUGCACGGUGGAUAACUGCUACUGCUCAGGAAUGCCGUCGGUGUCCAGCCACAGAGGGGGCCACCCCCCGUACCCCCGUUCAGGCUCUUUCCCCUGGCCCGUCAGCUCACAGGAGUACUCCACACACCCUCUGCCCCCCGCCCCCGCCAUGUCCCAGCCCCUCCAGAGCCUCACCAUGAGAGACUGGAUCGACGCCUCGCAGUCCCACAGACACGCUGACUUCUACAGUCUGUACGGCCAGUCUUCCGCCAAACAUUACGUCACCAGCUAGCCCUCACCCCCCC